AGAGGGAAAUGUGCAGUAAUUCAUUCAUCAAUGGCACUACCAUUUUCUUCAUCUUCCUCAGUCCUACCAAUCUAGAUUUUUCCCAAUCAAUUUAUGUGUUCUUUUCGCUUGUACUAAUUUCGGAACACUUGACCCUUAUUUCUUCUAUUUCAAUUUGUUGCGUCUCCAUUUACUAUAUAUGGGCAGCAGCAAAAUUGGCCGCAGGCCUUUCCCUGAAGAUUUAGACGGAGAAAUUCUACUCAGGCUGCCCGUGAUGUCGUUGUUGAGAUUCAAAUGCGUGUGCAAGAACUGGUAUGUUCUUAUCAAGAGCCCCGCUUUUAUUAGAAAACACUUGAAUUGUAGCAAGAAUAAGCCUUCCCAAUUCAUGAUUUAUGAUUAUAAUGCGCGUGAUGAUUCCCCUCCCAUUACUUUGAUUUCAGAGAAUCAUGGAGACGGUGAAGCUCCUGAUUAUAUCCAUAGAUUUAAAGAUAUGACGAAUGUUAUAGGCUCUGUGGAUGGAUUGUUUUUGUUGCGGAGAGAAAUUGAUCCCGAAAACAGAUACAUGCAUAUCUUUGCAAUGGCGAUGUGGAAUCCUUCGACCAGAGAGGUGAGGCACCUCCCUCCACACAAAAUCCAGUACACUCACUUUGGGUUCGGAUUAGAUCCCUUGACUAAUGACUAUAAGGUGGUUUGCUAUAAUUUCCACUUUGGUGAAUAUGAAUAUGCAGCUGUCUACUCUUGUUCUACCGACUCAUGUAGAAACAUUACACCUAAAAUUAAAUUCUAUUCUUACGGACGAUCUUUACAUGAAGCCUGUGGUAUUGCUUAUCUGAAUGGGGCUUAUUAUUGGCUGAUAAGGGAGGGGCGUAAGCCCAGCAUUCUUUCGUUUGACUUUAGCAAUGAGGUGUUUGAAGAGAUUGAAGGGCCAGAUGUUAUCUCUUUUAGUUCUCUGAUAUUGCUUGACGACUCGGUUGCCCUCUUGACCUUUUAUGGAAAUUCUGUUCAUGAUAUAUGGGUAAUGAUCCAACCAGGGGUUUGGAACAAACUUUUUACUUUUCAAAACUUUACAUGUAUUAAGACUUGGUAUUCCAGCUGUCUCAUUUUGGCAACUAAACGUUCUCGGCUAGUCUCAUAUAAUGUUAGGACUAAGAAGACAAGACGUCUUGGAUUUUGUCACCCAGUCCUGCGACGCUGCUGUGGGUUUUAUGUUUAUAAGGAAAGCUUAGUGACAUUGAAACGAGAGAAUGGAGAGCAGCUGGACCAUCGCAACUUUCCUGAUGCCUCGUUUGAGCUUUAAACAAGAGUAUGCAACAAACUCAAGUGUGGAGAACAUAGAGGGGGAGCGACAAACACAGAAUCCUAUAGUUAUUAGAGUGUUUCAGCGAAUUGAUAUAGAGUAGGUUUACGAGAUGAAUGAAUUGAUUGUGUGAAUUCCCGACUCUUACCUUUUUAAUACAGUUAUGAAGAAAUUACAGCGAUACACGCCUGUGAUUUCUUAGUCAGAUCUGCUACUGUAUCACUUUAGCGAGAAAUGUUACAAGAUAUACUGAAAUAUUUGGUUCCUAAAGAUUUUGGAAUUCAGCCUGCAGAAACUUUGGAGUGAGAAAUUCGAGCAAUUUAUAUAUCACAUGUUCCGUUCAUUCAUUGAGACAAGAGGGGUUGCUUUGAUGGUAAGCAACCCCCACUUCCAACCAAGAGGUUGUGAGUUCGAGUCUC